CUAGUUCAAACUGGAAUGCUUUUUCAUUAUUCAUUAGAAUGCCCAGUUCCUUUUUUCUUUCGCUGACAAGAGGAGUGUUCUCAAGUUCACUACCUAAGCUCACCUGUGAAAAAAGUGUCAGCAGAUGGAGGCGGAGGAAGGAAAAGAGGAUGAAGUGAUGAGUGAAAUACAUCUGGGUUGUCCACCCGAUGCAAAAUCCCACUUCACUCGAUUCACAAUUUUGCCAUCGGUGUUACCAUCUACAAACCCAUUAACAGGAGACUUUCAGGAGAACACAAAUAGUAAUUGUUUAAGUAAUGAGGGAGAAGCUUCAUCAUGUCAACGGCUGCUAGUUGACAAAGAAGGAGACCUUGUAUUAGCUCGUAGAAAGCAGAAUCCACAUAAUGUUAGACAUGCGCAUGAUUCAAUCUUAAUCCAUCAUCAUAUAAUUACUGUUAUCCCAAGCGUGGGAUUGCAGAUAUGGAGAGCAUCAUUGAUUUUAGCUGAUUUUAUUAUACACUUCAUACACACCUCUUCUUAUUUCAAUAAUGUGGUUGCACUAGAACUUGGAGCUGGAACAGGUCUGGUUGGCAUUUUACUUGCUCGUGCAGCUUCCACUGUUUUUAUUACAGACAAAGGGAAUGCUAUUCUUGAUAACUGUUUGCACAAUGUUGAGCUGAAUAUGCACACAUUCAAACACAAUGAAAAGUCGGUUCGAGUACGUCAAUUGGAUUGGCAAGAUUCAUGGCCCCCUAAGGAGGUUCAGACUGAAGAAAGUCUGACAAUUUAUAAAUACAAAUAUUCUUGGACUUCUUCUGACAUUAAAGAAGCAGAAAAAGUAUCUGUACUACUGGCUGCUGAUGUUGUUUACAGUGAUGAGUUGACAGAGGCCUUCUUCAAAGUCUUACAGGAACUAAUGCCUCUAGGGUCAAAAAAGGUUUUAUUUUUAUCGCUAGAAAAGCGGUACAAUUUUACUAUGGAAGAUCUUGACAUUGUUGCUCAUGGCCACCAAUAUUUCCGCACAUUUAUUGCAGAGGAAGUACCUGAAUCCAAAAUUACAGGGUGUGCAAGGGCCCAACCUGGUCAAAGAGAACCAGGCAUUUCAAAUCCACAUUUCAUAGGGAAGCGAUUUGAUAUGGCAACUAUACCCCAAUAUAUAAGAGAAUAUGACCGUGGAGGUGAUACAGAGCUAUGGGAAAUCAGAGCACAGCCUCAAGCUCUAUUACACGAAGAAUAUGUAACAAUGGGAAUAUGAUGAGAUUUAUUAAACAAGGUCCAAUUUGAGAAUUGUUACUAAGCAAACAACAAUUAAAAGUCCGAGUGAUAAGACACCUUAAAAUUAGGAAGAAAAUCAACGAACAAAAUUAUUUUAGAGCAAGAGUUAUGCAAAUCAACGACAAAAUAUUUCUAGAGCAAGAGUUAUGGUUAUGGAAUUAGGACCAGAUAAGAGGAUUUAUUCUCAAUUCUCUAGCUUAGAAUUAUUUUUACAUCGAGUAAUUUAAGGUGCAUGAGUGGCAAACCUCGUCAAAAUGCCAUACAUAAGUUGCUUUAUCGAAGAAACCAAAUGUGGACUUCAUGUAAGAAAUAGAGCUUUGCCUUAUAAAAAUGGACCAUACUAUCAAAAUCUAGUUUGGAUGUAAAUGAAUGUGCCACAUUAUGGUUGGUGCCUUUGGAGAAACAUAAUUCUACGGAUCAUAAAAAGAACAAAGGUCUCGUAUAAUUUUGGUGUUCCUUAUUGGAUAGUGAUUCUCAUGAAACGCUUAGCUUUUAGAACUAUUUUUCUUGUCUUCAAUGUUAAUCCAAAAAAUGUCAUGUUUA